AUGAAGGUCACGAAUUUGGACGGAAGACUGAAUGAUUUCAGGAUGACAAAGAGGAUAUGCUGUAGAAUUUACCAAGACGGCUUCCAUAUCUCGAGGAAAACGAUAGUCCUUACCGUCUCCGACGACACUAUCAAGGUCGUCAUCGGUGUCGUUUUGGCAGGACUAUCAGUGUUAUAG